CUCCUCCUCCUCCUGUGUGCAGGGGACGGGGAGGGUAGAAGUUAAGGAGUCAGCUCCCUGCCAUUGUUCUUGUUCUGGAAGUCUGGGAACGGGAAGGGACGGUGCUGGUCGGGUACCGGACGGCGGGUCUGUCGUUAUGACGGGCUCCGGUCCGAAGCUCGGGGUCCUGCUGCUGCUGGCGGUCCUGCUACAGACCGUGGUCGUCACCAUCACCGUGCUGCACUUCACCACGGCUCUCAAUUCGAUGAAGGAGACGUUCGCCAGGAGCAGCGUUUCUUGCCUGACGGGCGCUGACCUGCAGAGCAUCACGGCCGUGCGAGGGGAUCCGUGCUGGCAGGUCACUCAGCAGCUUCACCUGCUCAUCGAGAAGUCUCUGUCUCAGCGUUACCAGAGGCAGAUUUCCUCAGCAGUAAGAGAUGAGGUGUCUCGGGUGCUGCCCUCACUCGUGAUGGAGGACAGGGCUUCACCUCGCCCCAAAGUGGCAGCCCAUGUCACUGGCAGCUUUGUGCCCAAACUGGAGCGAGAGGGAGGAGCUCCGGUCUCGACCGGGCGUCGAGUUCAAGGCCAGAAGAUCUCGUGGUGGGAGGGACAGAAGGGGCUGGCCUUCCUCCAGGACGUCCAGCUGGUGGACGGGGAGCUGGUGGUGCCGCAGCCGGGCCUCUACUACGUCUACGCCCAGACCUACUUCAGACACACCCACUCCCUGGAGGAGGAGGGCGAGGACGGCGAGGAGGCUGAGGACAGGGGGAGGCCCCUGCUGCAGUACGUGCUCCGCCAGGUGAGCUCCUACCCGGUUCCCAUCCUGCUGAUGAAGACGAGUCGGACUUCCUGCUGGUCCCGGGGCUCCCAGUUCUCUUUGCACUCCGCCCACCAGGGGGGGCUGUUCCCGCUCAGCUCCGGCGACCGCCUGUUCGUCACCGUGACGAACGCCUCUGCUGUGGACAUGGACGAGAAGAGCAGUUUCUUCGGUGCUUUUCUUAUCAGCUAGAGAAUCAGAUGAGGAUCUACAGACACUGUCAUAUUUUAUCAAAUUUGUGUCGAUUCAUAGACGACUCCCAAUGAUAGAAAACUGAAACUAGGAGUCACAGGGUUUGCUCCGAAUCCCAACCAAAGAUAUUUGACAACACUGGUUUUGUGGGUGGAGAAGCAACAAAAGACUGAUGUGGAUUUAAGGGCUGUGCGUAUGUGAGAACUUAUCACUUAAAAAUCUUUGAUUGUGUCAAGGUUUGUGAGACCAACAGAGACACAAACAUUUCUUGGAGGCAGAUGUAAUCUUACUUGCCACACUUACUCGAUGUAAAGAACAUAUUCUACCCAGAAAAGAGUUCUGAUGGGUUUAUGGCCGCUCGUUUGCUCAAUUUGAAUUAGAGUAUUUUGGCUUUAUUUUCAGUACAAAGAUAGAUAAUCUGUAUUGUCCCAGGAGGGAAAUUUCAUAGCCUUUUCAUGUUCAUGUCACACAUCACAAACGAACAGAUGUACACAAUAUGUGCAGUUGACAUCGUCAUAUUUACAUAACCGUGAAACAGGGGGCUGUGAAAACCCAAAACCCUUUUGCCUGAUCUACUCAGCAACGUUGAAGCAACAUUAUGUGACUAUUUUAUUAAAAUAUCAGCGUCAGAAUCAUAUUGAUUGUACACUGACUUGUAAUUGGGAUAAUAGAGCCAGUGUCAGUCAUAUUCUGCGCCCUGAACGCCUCUUCUUGCACAACUUUGCUGGGCAGGUACGACCUCCCAUUAGAUCGUCACUUCACGAACAGAAGAAGCUAGCUUGUUUCCUGAGUAAUUGUUAGGCCUUGUUUUCUGUACAUGAGCUGCUUCCAGUCUGUAACUACUCGGAUUUGGAGACCAACAGAAUGUAAUGCACUAACAUCCUGUAAUUACCACUUGUGGUAGCAGAGGGCGCUGUUGCACAGCAGCAAAAGCUAUGUUGAGUUGUCUUGUCUGAUCAAGCGAGCAACGUUAGCUGAUGCUAGAAAUGUUCAUCUCCCACAACAAUCGUGUGUACACUUUCGUGUGAAUUAAACUGGCAGCACAGCAACAAGCUUUUAAUUAACUCACCUUUAGCAGCCUGCAGAUUGUCCACCAGGGGGAGCUGUCAGCUCACUGCCAACCUGCGCCACCUACAGGAAAGUAAAGGCACAGCAACACUAGUUUACUUUGCGUAAUUUACGUCAAUUGUUAUUUUCUAGUAGAAACUGCCUCUAAGAAAUGUUUGAAGCUCUUCUCAGCUCGUUAUUUGCGACUGUCUGAGGCCACAUACGUGUGAGCGAUUGUUUGCAUCUGUAUGUUUGUGUAAAGAUGUAAAUAUUUUGUGGUUUCUUUAUUGUUCUGAGUGGCCCGCAAAUAUGGGGUAUGGAGCUCUUCAUCAGCGCUUCAUUUUCCCUCUGUGAGAUAUCAAACACGAGGGUGGAGAGACAAUUUUCUCAUCAUGGACUCCUGCUACCAUUAGACACAGUUGGUGGUUGGCGUUCACAUCAGAAGAUUAAAGGUGUAACUUCAUCACCUCUUCCUCUGUGGGUUUUAAGGUAAAAUUUAAAACACUGACUGCUUGUUUUUGUUGGCAGCAGCAUCACAGCCUCUUCCCUCUGCUGUCAGCCUUCCAGUGCGUUGGCUCGUCCGUCGUAAACGUCCUCCAAAUGGUGCAUUAAAUGCUCCCCGAUGGUUGGUAUUCUCGGGCAUUCAUGUCAUGUUGGAUUAAACACAGAUGUGACCCAUGGACGUGGAAGACAAUCAUGCACAUAUAUACUUUUUGUAGCUCUGCUUGUCUUCCAUGUGGUGUAAUGAAUUGUUGUAGUGAAAACUGCUGAUGCCCAAGGACAUCUAAACCAAAAUUAUAGAUUACAUUUGGCUAAUGAAGAGCUGGAAGGUUCGUUCUUGAUCUAGGAAAUGGUAAAAACUUAGCAUCUCAUGGUUUUUAUCAGCUGACAGAGUAACAGUAUACGACUGAAUAUUUGAUCACCUGUAAUUAUGUGAUCGAAGUUUCAUACCUUGGUCACAUGAAGCCAUGAAAUUCAUCCAGAGGAAAUCUAAUAAGUGGGAAUUUAAUACUUUGGUAUUGGUGAUAAAGACUGUACUGAUCUUUAAGUCAAGAGUUAAGUCAAAUCUACUUGAGAAAAGCAAACAAAAGUCAGCAAAUGUUUUUUUUCCCAAUGCAACAUGAAUGCAGCAUUCAUUGUAGCAAUUAUGUAAAUACAAGACAUGACUUUUUUUCUUUUUAAAUUCUUGUUUUUUGCUAUGAAAGUGGUUGUGCACAAAAACAACCACAAGAAAUGUACACCCCAGGACCAAACGUGCCAAAUGUACUGAUGGUAAUCUGUCUGAUUGUGAAGUGAAAAUUACAAGUGAUUGUUUUUUUGUUGUACAUCUGAUCAGUGCAACACCAGACUAAAAUGCUGAUGUGAGAUCGGACAGUACCUUAUAUUCGGCCUCCAUGUUCCACCUGCAGCUGUUCAUAUCACCCGAGGCGUGAACGUCCUGAAAGGCACCAAAAAAAGAUGAAACUACACUUAAUCAGAACAGUCAUAAAACAUCAGAAAAAGUUUAGUUUUUACCAAGUAGAUCAAAACGAAUGUGAAUGUAAAUACGAACAUGUUUUUCUCUGUAAAUAUGUGGAAUAAAGACACUGUAAAAAGAAA